UUCUGCUCUUUUUUAAGGCGGCCUUCGUCGCGUGAAGAUUGUGAAAAUUGUGGUUUUCCAAUUACUUUCGUGUGAAUUGCAGUUAAUUUAAUUUAAUUACAACACAACAUGUCUGCAGACCAGGCCCAGUUCCAGCAGCUCUUGGUUUCCCUGCUAUCUACGGAUAAUGAUGUGCGCCAGCAGGCUGAGGAUGCCUACAACGCCCUGCAGCGAGACCUGAAGGUGACACAUCUUCUGGCCAACAUCCACAAUGGCCAGCAAUCCGAGGAGGCCCGCCAGAUGGCCGCCGUUCUGCUGCGUCGUCUCUUCACCACCGACUUUCCGGAUUUCUACAAAGAGAUUCCGCCAGAGUCCCAGAACCAGCUGCUUCAGCAGAUUCUGCUAGCCGUGCAGCAGGAGGUGACUCCGCAGCUGAGGAGGAAGAUCUGUGAGGUGGUAGCCGAGGUUGCACGCAAUCUGGUCGACGAUGAUGGCAACAACCAGUGGCCGGAUAUCCUGCAGUUCCUCUUCCAAUGCGCCAACUCGCCGACGCCCCAGCUGCAGGAGGCUGCGCUGCGGAUCUUCACCAGCGUUCCGUCGAUUUUUGGCAACCAGGAGACGCAGUACAUUGAUCUGAUCAAGCAGAUGCUGGCCAAGAGCAUGGACCCCAGCUCGGAUCCCGAGGUGCGCAUCCAGGCUGUGCGUGCUGUGGGCGCCUUCAUCCUCUUCCACGACAAGGAGAAGGAAGUGGUCGUGUACAAGCACUUUAGUGACAUGCUGCACCGGAUGCUCGUCAUCACCGGCGAAUCUAUCGAGGCCCAGGACGACCAGAGUCUACUGAAGCUCUUGAUCGACAUGACCGAGAGCUGUCCCAAGUUCCUGCGGCCCCAACUGGAGUUCAUCUUCGAGAUCUGCAUGAAGGUGUUCAGCUCGAAGGACUUCGAGGACACCUGGCGUCAUCUGGUGCUGGAGGUGAUGGUCUCCCUCUCCGAGAAUGCGCCUGCCAUGGUGCGCAAACGUGCGGAAAAGUACAUCGUUGCCCUGAUCCCGCUGGUGCUGCAGAUGAUGACGGAUCUGGAGGAUGACGAUGACUGGUCGACCACCGAUGUCGUGGACGACGACGAUCACAGCGACAACAAUGUAAUUGCCGAGUCCUCGCUGGACCGCCUCGCGUGCGGUCUGGGCGGCAAGAUGAUCCUGCCCCAGGUGAUGAGCUCCCUGCCGGCGAUGUUGAGCCACAGCGAUUGGAAGCACCGCUUCGCCGCUCUCAUGGCCAUCUCGUCCAUCGGCGAGGGCUGCCACAAACAGAUGGAGGCCAUACUGGAUGAGGUGAUGUCGGGCGUGCUGAACUUCCUGCGGGAUCCCCAUCCGCGCGUGCGCUACUCCGCAUGCAAUGCCAUCGGCCAGAUGUCCACGGACUUUGCUCCAAUCUUUGAGAAGAAGUUCCACAGCCAGGUGAUUCCCGGCUUGAUGCUGCUGCUGGACGAUGUUCAGAAUCCCCGUGUGCAGGCACAUGCCGGCGCCGCGUUGGUCAACUUCAGCGAGGAUUGUCCCAAGAAUAUUUUGACACGCUAUCUGGACGGGAUCAUGGCCAAGCUGGAGGCCAUUCUCAACUCAAAGUUCAAGGAGCUGGUCGAGAAGGGCAACAAGCUGGUGCUGGAGCAGGUCGUGACCACCAUUGCCUCUGUGGCGGACACCUGCGAGGCCGAGUUCGUGGCCUACUAUGACCGCCUGAUGCCCUGCCUCAAGUUCAUAAUCCAGAACGCCAAUUCCGAGGAUCUGCGCAUGCUGCGCGGCAAGACUAUCGAGUGCGUGAGCCUUAUCGGAUUGGCCGUGGGCCGGGAUAAGUUCAUCGGGGAUGCCGGCGAGAUCAUGGACAUGCUACUGGUCAAUCACACCGAGGGCGCAGAGCUGGCCGACGAUGAUCCGCAGACCUCAUACCUGAUCACGGCCUGGGCGCGCAUGUGCAAGAUCCUGGGCAAGCAGUUCGAGCAGUAUCUGCCCCUGGUAAUGGGCCCCGUGAUGCGCACCGCCUCGAUGAAGCCCGAGGUGGCCAUGCUGGACAACGAUGAGGUCGAGGACAUUGAGGGCGAUGUAGACUGGUCGUUCAUCAAUCUGGGGGAGCAGCAGAACUUUGCAAUCCGCACCGCAGGCAUGGACGACAAGGCAUCCGCCUGCGAGAUGCUCGUCUGCUACGCCCGCGAGCUGAAGGAGGGAUUCGCCGAGUACGCCGAGGAGGUGGUCCGCUUAAUGCUGCCCAUGCUCAAGUUUUACUUCCACGAUGGCGUUCGAACAGCCGCUGCCGAGUCGCUGCCGUAUCUGCUCGACUGCGCCAAGAUCAAGGGCCCCCAGUACUUGGAGGGCAUGUGGCUCUACAUUUGCCCCGAGCUCCUGAAGGUGAUUGUCACCGAGCCAGAGCCGGAGGUGCAGUCCGAACUGCUCAAUUCGCUGGCCAAGUGCAUUGAGACCUUGGGCCCCAACUGCCUCAACGAGGAGGCCAUGAAACAGGUCCUCGAGAUCAUCAACAAGUAUGUGCUGGAGCACUUUGAGCGCGCCGACAAGCGUCUGGCUGCCCGCAACGAGGAGGACUACGAUGAUGGCGUCGAGGAGGAGCUGGCCGAGCAGGAUGACACGGAUGUCUACAUCCUGUCCAAGGUGAUUGACAUCACGCACGCCCUCUUCCUGACGAACAAGGCCCAGUUUCUGCCAGCCUUCGAGCAGGUGGCCCCGCACUUUGUGAAGCUUCUGGAUCCCAGUCGUCCACCAACCGAUCGCCAAUGGGGUGUGUGUGUCUUUGAUGAUUUGAUUGAGUUCUGUGGCCCCGCCUGUGCCCCGUACCAGCAGAUCUUCACGCCAGCACUGCUGCAGUAUGUGGGUGACAAGUCGCCGGAGGUGCGCCAGGCCGCUGCCUAUGGCUGCGGUGUUCUGGCCCAGUUUGGUGGCGAGCAAUUUGCGGUCACAUGCGCUCAGAUCAUUCCAUUGCUGGUGCAGGUCAUCAAUGAUCCCAAGGCCCGCGAAAUCGAGAACAUCAAUGCCACGGAGAACGCCAUUUCGGCCUUUGCCAAAAUCCUCAAGUAUAACAAGUCGGCGCUGUCCAAUGUGGAUGAGCUGAUUGGCGUGUGGUUCUCCUGGCUGCCCAUCUCCGAGGAUCCCGAGGAGGCCACCCACAUCUAUGGCUACAUGUGCGAUCUGAUCGAGGCCAAUCAUCCGGUCAUUCUGGGCGCCAACAACUCCAAUCUGCCGCGCAUCGUCUCCAUCAUCGCCGAAGCGUACUGCACCAAGGUGCUGGAGGCUACCAGUGCGACCGGUACCCGCAUGCUCACCAUCGUCAAGCAGGUCGAGUCGAAUCCCGACGUGAUGCAGGCCUGUGCAAGCAGCCUGAGUGCCGAGCAGCAGCAGGCUCUGCAGGACGCCUACCGGGAGCUGGCCAGCAAGGCGGCUGCCUAAGAGGAGGAGAUCAUCACCAUGUACUCCAUCCCUCCACUUUUGGAUACAUAAAAAGGGAUAGAAGGAGCAUUACUCUCGUUAUUAUUUUUUACUCUUGCCGACAGUAUCGUCGCGUAUCGGCAAAUGCAUUAAAAACUAUGUUAAAACAGGGAUCCACACACAUUUUUGUGUGCAUCCAUCCAUAGAGUUAUACAGAUAAUGAUUCUAUAUAUACAUUGUGAUUUCAAUCAAAACUCUUCUCUCACGAAGACAAAAAGUCUGCGACUUCUUAGAAUUUGACAUGUUGAAUGGAUGGAACCCAUUGCCAUCAUCAGAACACAAAUUCCAAUAGAUUAUUUUCGUUAUUCAAGUUAUCGUGUUAUAUACAGGAUAUAUAUUGUAUAUUUGGCCAAUAACCACGGCCACCACCUCUCUUCCCCACACACACACACGCAAAACUCUCUCACACACAAACACACCCACGAAAAUCAGGAUGUGAGCGUCGUCCGAAUCGAACGAAAUGUAACAUGCAUUCAAAACCAUUUCAAAUGAUAAAAAUGUAUUUUAAAAAUGAUUAAAAGGUCGAAAUAAAUAACAAAUAAAAC